GUUAAAUCCAAACUUGGAAUUUGAUCAUAUUUAAGCUUUUCUUUCUGUGAGUGGCUGCGUUGGAUAACUGGGGGGAAGGGAGAGAAGAGGCGACAACGACGCGCGCGGGAUCUUUUUUUUUAUUUUUCUUUUUUCUCUCUCUCUUUUCUUUGUUCUUUUUUCUGCAUAAUGUUCCGCCAUGUGUCAAAGAUAGCACUCAAGUAUACAACUUCCAUAUUCUCUCAACCACAAGAACAGCAACAAACUAUGUCAGAUAUGAACAGUAUUGAACUAAUCGAGCUCAAGAGGGGACUUGAUGCAAUUUUUAAUGAUCAACUUGAAGAAGCAGAACGUAUCUUUUUGACAAACAAGGAUCAUCAACCUUUUCAUGCAUUUGGAUAUGCCCUUUUGAUGUACGUCAAGGCGAUUCUUUCCAUGGAAUCCGAUCAAAUUGAUGAAGCCAUUCGGUCUAUUGAAAUCGCAACCAAACUACUAUUGUCACCCACACAUAGCUCUAUCCAUUUCGAACUACUGACGGCACAUUGCAUCCUGUUAUCCUCAUCACUUCAGUUUCUAAAGGAUAGUUGGAUAGAUAAUCUCAAGGCAGCUUAUGAGAUCAGAAAGGCCUAUAAGCUAUACGAACACCUAUUUGAAAUCAUCCUGGGCGUUCCUGUCUCCGCCUAUAAUAAUUGCAUGAACGGUGAUGCAAGUGUCAAUGUGCUUGAAAAUGGAAUCUAUUUUGGUAUCGGUAUCUUUUGCUUGAUCUUUUCACUUUUACCGUCCAAGGUUGCCAAAGUGCUGAAUAGCCUAGGCUUUCGUUUAUCUAAAUCACUUUCUAUUCACUUGCUAAAGGAAUCAUGCGAGAGCAAGACAAUGUAUGCACCGUUGAGUUCGCUUGCGUUAGUCUACUACUAUGUCAAUGUAUGCAUGUACCUGCGUCCAGAAACAGGACAGCUGCUGACUGCUCAAUAUAUAAGAGAGUCAUUGGAAAGGUUAAAAUCAAUAUACCCCAACAACCAGAUGUGGAGCUUGCUUGAAGCAAAGCUCACAAAACAGCCUUCGAAUCUACAAGACUGCCUACAUUUACUAAACUCAUCAAAGAAAACGCUGCAACGUACAGAUCAAGACGAAGGGGGCCCGAUAAUUCUAUCUCUAGCAGACUAUAGCCUAUUUCGUCUGUUUGCUCUCUCUGAAGUAGGAUGGAUCCAUAUUUUCUCUGGUGACUAUAACCGUGCAACCGAAUCGUUUUUCUGCUUAGAAAGUAUGUCAAACUGGUCGCAUCUCUUUUACCACUUUGUAGCAACCUGCUGUAUGAUCGCUGAUGGUUUAUAUGAUAAGGCAGCCCGUGAAGUACAACAGUUGGUGCACAUGUUUGAGAUCAAAAAGAAGCAUGAUAGCCACAGUAGGUUUUCUGCAGGAGAAUUUUAUGCGGAGGCAAAGAUUAGUCAAUGGAACAAAUAUUCCAAGACAUAUGAUAUGUUCUUGAGAUCUGUAUUGGAUGAACUCAUUAUUAACCCUUUGUGGGAGCUUGUCUAUUUGUGGAAUGGUGUAUUCUAUUGGUCUGAACCCGUAUUGAACAGUAUCAAACAGCAAUUGAUAUGUACCCUACAAAGUCACGAUGAGUACAAGCGACCGUUCGCGCUCUUGCUCAUGGGCGUCAUCCACAGAGACCGGCUCAAGGAUGCGCAGCAAGCCCAUAGCUACUUUAACCGUGUUAUCAAUGAGUUUAGAAAUGAUUGGACUGUUCCUUAUGCUAUGUAUGAAAUUGCCUUUACAUACAGUGUAUCUCCAAUUGAACAACAAGAUAAAAAGGCGCUGGUCAUGGAUUGGAUAAAGCGUGCUGAAAAUUAUUAUGUGCAGACUAAAUAUGAUCCAGAGUGGAGAUUGUGUAUGAAAGUGAAAUGUCAGCUUUUACUUGAAUUGUUUGAAGAAUGAAGACACACAGAUUGUUGUAUAUGUUACAUUGCAGACAUCCUUUUAUAUGAUUGUAUACACAAGUAUUGAAUGUAUAAUAUGAAAAUAAUUAAAGAAAGUAGUCCGGUAAGGCACUCUUGUUUGGUGUAUUUCUCGCUGCCUCCUG